GGACUCCGGGCCGCUCGGCUGUCGCCGCGGGACUGGCCAUGGUGCUGCGUGGCGUCAGGGUUUUGGAGCUGGCGGGCCUGGCCCCCGGGCCGUUCUGCGGGAUGAUCCUGGCGGACUUCGGCGCUCAGGUGGUGCGCGUCGAUCGGCCGGGCUCCUCGGGGGACGUGAGCUUCCUGGCCCGGGGCAAGCGCUCGCUCGUGCUGGACCUGAAGCAGCGGCGCGGAGCCGCCGUGUUGCGGCGCAUGUGCGCAAGCGCGGACGUGCUGCUGGAGCCCUUCCGCUGCGGUGUCAUGGAGAAGCUUCAGCUUGGGCCAGAAACCCUAUUGAAGGACAAUCCAAAGCUCAUCUAUGCCAGGCUGAGUGGAUUUGGUCAGUCGGGAAGUUUCUCCAAGGCAGCUGGCCAUGACAUCAACUAUUUGGCUUUGUCAGGUGUUCUGUCAAAGAUUGGCCAAAGUGGGGAGAACCCAUACCCACCGUUGAAUCUCCUGGCUGACUUUGGUGGUGGUGGCCUCAUGUGCACACUGGGCAUUGUGCUCGCUCUCUUGGAACGCACACGUUCUGGCCAGGGUCAGGUCAUUGAUGCGAACAUGGUGGAAGGAACGGCCUACUUAAGUUCUUUCCUGUGGAAGACUCAGCACACGAUGCUGUGGGGACAGCCUCGAGGACAAAACCUGUUAGAUGGUGGGUCCCCUUUCUACACAACGUACAGGACAGCAGACGGGGAGUUCAUGGCUGUUGGUGCAAUAGAGCCUCAGUUCUAUCAGCUGCUGGUCAAAGGACUUGGACUGCGAUCUGAUGAACUCCCCACCCAGAUGAGCAUGGCUGAUUGGCCGGAAAUGAAGAAGAAAUUUGCAGAUGUGUUUGCAAAGAAGACCAGGGCCGAGUGGUGCCAGAUCUUUGAUGGGACAGACGCCUGUGUGACCCCGGUGCUGUCGGUUAAGGAGGCCGCCCACCACAGUCACAACAGGGAGCGCGCCUCUUUUGUCACAGAUGAGGAGCAGCACACAAGCCCCCGCCCUGCACCUCUCCUGUCCAGAACCCCAGGUGUCCCUUCUGUUAAAAGAGACUCUUUUGUAGGAGAGCACACCGAAGAGGUUCUUAGAGAGUUUGGGUUCAGUCCAGAUGAGAUCAAGCAGCUGUGCUCAGAUGGAGUCACUGGGAAUACGAAGCCAAAAGCCCACCUCUGACUUGCAUGGCUCCCGGGAAUCUGAACGCUGUUACACUGGAGGAUGACACCCAUGGUGUAUGUGGAAAUGCGGAUGAAUAGCAGUGAAGUGAUCCGAGUAUUCCAAUCAAGACACAGCUGAAGGCUGAUUACAGAGUAAUGAUUGCACUCUGAAGCCGUGCUCCAGAGCCUCUGAUUGAGGAAUAUUUUUGUGUGUGUACCAAUAUUAACUUGUCAUGGCUUUCCUGCCUUUCAAUUUACUUGAUAACAUGAUUCACUGGUAUUAAUGCUCUUAUAGAAAUAUAACUGGUAUAUUUUAAAUGGAUUAAUAUAAUUUUAAUAAAUAAAGCU